AUGUCUCGUAAAGGAGCCCCUAUGGAUGAAGACGAUGUUCUAUCGUCGUUGGGUGGCGGCGGCGGCGGCGGCGGUAUGUUGAACAUGGGAGGAAAUGUUGCUUCCACCAUUAAUUCGCAAUUUGGGAUUGGAUUGGAUUUCGAUACCAAGGAUUUCAACACCCAGCACGCAGAUGAUGCUGUGGAUUUUGAAGAUAUCUCGUUGACGGACGAGAGUGAUGUUGACGAAGAUAAAAAGAAGAAUCUUAAUCGAGAUGGCGGCAGCAGUAAUUUCACCAAUGGAAACAAUAACAUUAACAACAACAACAACAACAACAAUAAUAAUAAUAAUCGUCAGCAACAAAAUCAAAAUAAUAAUAAUAAUAAUUAUGCUACAAAUGGCAAUAUCCCUGAUCUAAAUCUUGGAAAAUCAGAUCAGCUACCAAAUAUCAAUAUCAACGAUAUGAUGAUGGGAUCUCCAAGUAAUCUCAAUUUCAAUGAUUUUGAUUUCAAUUUGAACAAUGGGUUAGGUGAUAGUUUUGCCGACUCUUCUUUGAUGAUGUCGGGUGGUCAAAUGUUUGAUGGGCUUUUUGAUAGCAAUGCCAUGAAUAAUGGGGCGUUUCCAAAUAUCAACAUAACUGAUCAAUUCAAUUUGAAUGGCAAUAUCCACAAUAAUCCCCAACCAAUGCCCAAUAUCAUGACGGAUGUGGCAACCCCCUCAGUAGAAGAAAUACAAAGGCAACAGGAAAAUAAAAAGAAGGAAGAAUUAGCCAAGCAGCGAAAGCUUCAAGAGAAGAGAGAAAAAGAGGCAAGGCUAUUGCAUUAUUAUUAUCCAAUGUUCAAGAAGGAUUCGAUUUUGAAAAUGCAUAGUAUUUUCCAAUCAAAACCAAAACCAAAUUCCCAAAUCACAUUUUUCAAUAGUCAUUCUUUCAAGACUGCUCAAUCAAAUAAAGUGCUAGUGCCUUCAAGAAUUCAAUUGGAGUUUGAAGUUGAUGAAAAAAAAUUGUUCAACAAAAAGAGAAAGUUCUCACAGUAUACUAUGGGAUCAGGAAGCAGUUAUGGUAGCCAGAAACGUUCCAACAUUGUCAAAAUCACCGAUGCCGAUGUAGAACUUCUUGCUAAUAGCCAAAAGAAAAUUGUGACUUAUGAAGAUGAUAAUAAAGAUGAUAUUUUGGCGGCCACCGAUUGGAAUGACGAUGAAAUAUUUGGGGUGAGUGAUAGCGAAUCAAAACCAAAGAAGGCAAAAUUAUCCAACGGAAUUGACGCCAAUGUUCUUUAUCAAUUCGACGAAUUCAAAAUCAAUGACGAUAUUGAAGAAAACAUUCUCGAAGGUAAAGUAAAUGCAAAAACCUUGAACUUGAAGCUAGACAUGAAUGACCCUCACCUCUAUUUCACGGAUACUGCCAAAUUGACAAUUAAGAAAAAAGGGUUGAAUAAGUCAGUGAUUCCAGUUAAUGAAAAGCUUUUAAUGAGUAGAUUCAACGUUUCCAAUGAUAAGGAAUAUGAAGUCUUGAAGAGCAAUUAUCACACCAAGAUCAGGGCCACCAUUGGUAAUUUGAUUAUCGAUCACCCAACCCCGGCAAUUAGAUUGCAAUCCCCUUAUUAUAAGGUGAAAUUGACAAAACAACAAAUGAGAUGGUUCCAUAGACCGAAAUUUAUUGUGAGAUCGAAUACCAUAAUGUAUUUUAGUAAACCAAAGUUGAGAAAGAAGAAACGGGACAAGGGUAAAGAUAUCAAAGAAAGUUUUGCCGCCACCAGUGAUUUGACCCUUGGGGAUACCGCUCCAUUCUAUUUAUUUGAAUAUUCGGAAGAAAAGCCAAUGAUUUUUUCCAAUUUUGGAAUGGGAAGCAAAAUCAUUAAUUAUUACCGAAAGCAAACCGAGGAUGAUACCUAUCGUCCCAAAGGAUUGAUUGGUGAGACCAACGUUUUGGGGGUCCAGGAUCGGUCGCCAUUUUGGAACUUUGGGUUUGUGGAAAAGGGCAAAUUUGUUCCAACAUUGUACAAUCAGAUGGUUCGAGCACCGAUUUUCCAACACGAGUCUGAAAGCACCGAUUUUUUGUUGGUGAAAUCUUCUGGAGGAAUUAGACAAUCUUUGAGGUAUUAUUUGAGAAGCAUCAACAAAGUUUUCAUUGUCGGUCAAUUAUAUCCUGUGGUGGAAGUGCCGGGUCCCCAUUCUAGAAAAGUCACGACGGUUAGUAAAAAUCGUCUCAAAAUGAUUGUUUAUCGGGUGUUGAACAAUAGCAAGAAGCAACGGUUGGCGGUAAAGGAUAUUUCUGCUCAUUUCCCUGAUCAAAAUGAUAUGCAAAACCGUCAAAGGUUGAAAGAAUUUAUGGUUUACCAACGUACUGGGGAAGAUCAAGGGUUUUGGAAAAUCAAACCAACUGAAAAGCUUCCUACAGAAGAAGAAAUUAGAGCGAUGAUAACCCCCGAAGAUUUGUGUUUGCUUGAAAGCAUGCAAGUUGGACAACAGCAUUUGGAAGACUAUUCGAUUUUCAGUCAUGACCAUAUUAACUUGGACAAAUACAAUAAUUUCAUUCCUAAAUUUAAUAGCAAGAGCGCUCCGAAUAAUGCGGUGACCAGUGUGGGAUCUCCAGCGGUGGCCAAUGAUGUUGCUAAUGGCAAAUCAGAAAAUGAUGCAAAUUCUUCUGCUCCUGGUGAGGCUAAAGGGGAAUCUUUGGAAGAUCAAUUGGCACCAUGGAAUACCACAAGAAAUUUCAUCAAUGCUACCCAAGGUAAAGCCAUGCUUCAAUUACAUGGUGAAGGUGAGCCAACGGGGACUGGUGAAGGGAUUUCAUUUUUGAGAACCUCUAUGAAGGGUGGUUUCCGGGCAUCGGAUGACAAGAGCUCAGUGUCCAAAGAGAAAUUGGGUGGUCAUAGUUAUAAUGUCGCGUUACAACAAAAGGCUUAUGAUGAUGAGAUUGAAAGAACCUGGAGAAAGCAGAUCCGGACUUUAUCAUCGGACGAGCCACAUAUUUAUCAUCAUAAGAAAAAGAAGCAACAUUCCCGGUACGAUACUCGACCAUCAGGAUCGAUUCCAAAAGUUUUGCGAAUCACCAGAAUGGUCAGGAAUCAAUAUGGAGUAUUGGAACGUCAAAUCGAGGUGAUCAAAGAUGAAAGAAUCAUCAAUGCUUAUUUGAUGAAAAAGAAAGAGCUGUACGAAGAUUAUUUGAAUAAUCAAUCGAAGGAGCUUUCCCAGGCGAUCCUUGAUUUGAAUAGUGUGAAAAUUCCUACCAAUGAUGAUGAGAAGAAAAUCCUCCAACAAGAGUUGGAAAAAUUACAAGCUCAGAAAAACAAUACCAAAGUGUUACAAUCAGGGAAAGGUAUUGGGAAAGGGAGAAAUACCAAAAGAAGGUGUGCGCUUUGUGGAGCCAUUGGUCAUAUUAGAACUAAAAAAUCCUGUCCAAUGUACGGGAAGGUGCCAUUACCAAAUGAUAAUAAUGCUAUUACUAGUACUAAUGAUAAUGCGAUUGGGGAUGUUAACACCGCUGUUUCAACCGCUGCAAGUCCAGCUGCAGCAGCCACUACCACCACCACUCCUACUGCCAGCAGUGGGUAG